AGCGACACUUAACGAGAACGAGUUUUCAACGAUGGCACCACUAGUUUACGCUCAAGAAAAUGCAACACUGAGGAUUUGAGUUAUUCGUUGAAAAUAAACGAGUAAAUAAGUUAAACGGAUGCGCGGCGUUACGUUGUGAAGUGGAAAAUUUAUUAUAUUAAAUUUACAUGUUUUCGUGUACAACAAAUUUACAAAUUACCAGAAAAAGUGAAUUUGAUAAGUUUUAAUCGUGCAAACAAUAAAAUUAUAUGAAUAUUUAAAAUUCUUUCUCGCAAAAAUUUAGUAAUACGGUGCAGUGGAAAAAUUUUCGUUGUGCGCGUUGUUGUGAAUCACGUAUAUAGAAUAACAUUGAAAGCGCAAAAUAAAUUUGACGUACUAAUACGGAAUAUCAGAAUUGCGGAGAAGUUAAUACUACCUAUUUCUUAAACAAAUAAAUAAUAAUGUCUGAAGUUGCGAAUAAUAGUGAAAUUCAGCAGAACACUGUACCAGUUGAACAGACGAUUGUUGAAACGGGGGAAACGGUGUCGGCAAACGCGCCCACGUCGACUGAGGCAGAGAUAUCAACUGCGACCGAAAAGCAAGUGGUCAACGACAGCAUUGAAGCUGAAUGUGCGUCAGGCGAUGCGGGCAACAGCGCUGUGGAGGCGACCAAACCAACGGAGUCCUCACCAAAAGUGGAAAGCAAGAAGACACCCGUGAAACGGACACCUUCAAAGCGGAUGUCUUUCAUAGAGCGGGCGCAAAAGGAAAGUGAAGAACUCGUUAAAAAUAUGGGCGGCAGUUUGGAAUUAGAUGGUGGUCGACGCACACGAUCAAGCACACGUGGUACACCAACCCGAUCUUCAGCAGCAUCCACUCCACCUCCUGCGAAAAAGGCGCGCACGUCUCCGGCAAAUGCCAGCAGCACUCCCUCCCGUGGUCGCGGACGUGGAAGAAAAAUUGAAACAGCCGAAGAAUCAGAAGAUGCCAAAGAGGUAGCGGAGCCGAAAACUAUUAAAACACCAGAAAAAUCAAAAUCGCCUAAAAAGAAACAAUCUUCUGCAGCCAAACACAACAACACUUCGAAAGAUUCAGCUGAACCUGAGCCUGUGGCUGAAUUAUCUGUUUCAGUAGAGGUUGCUGAAAAGGCUACCGAAAACAAAGAAGAAGAUGCAGUAGAAUCCUUAUCAAGUGUGGAGCCCUCUGAGGAGCAAACAGAUGGUAAGAUCGAAUCGGAAACUAUUGCAGAAGAUCAGCAGAGCAAAGACCAAGACGUUAUCGCUUCAGAAGCGGAACAAGAGGUAUCUGCCAUACCUAACGAUAGUGAAACACCAAUGGAUACAAGCGAACCCGUAGCGGCAGAAGAUGAAAUAGAUGCAACCGCAGAUUCGGAGCCAAUUAAGCCGAAAGAAACCACAGAUGUUGAAAUUGUUUCAGAAGAAACCACAGGAGAAACAGCAACAGCCAUGGAAACAAAAGAUUUACCCUCCGAAGCAAUGGAAGUCGAUUCUAAUUCAAAAAGCAGUGAUGUCGAGCUAAUUGAAUCUACACCUGCUGCAAUCGAACCAACAACAAAUGCGGAAGAAAGCUCUGCGCCGCUUGACGAAGUCAAAAUUAGCCAGGAAACGGUAACUGUAAAAGAAAACACAAUAGUCCAAGAACCUGCAGUUAAGGCUAAUGACGUUGAGGAUGUUGUAGUCGUCAAUGCAGAAGUUGUUCCACAAGCGCCGGUUGCUUGUGAAGUGGGGAGCUUAGCACCAAAUACAAACGCAUUAACUGCAAAUAAUGAAGCUUGUGCCAAUAACGUAAAAGAAGAUGUGGCUGUCGAAAACCCCGCCACUGUUGAAAUUGAAAAUUCACCAAUAGAAGUAAAUGCCAACAUUGAUGAUGCUGUAAAGCCAGAAAAUGAGUUGUGUGUACCAAAGGUCGUGUCGCCAUCAAUAACUAAUACAAAUACGGAUAGCACCGUGGCAACGAUUUUGUAAAUGUGAAAUACAUAUACAUACAUCGACUUCAACAUUUAUUACAAUAGUUAACCGUUAUAAUGCCACAAAAGGCAAACACCGUUAAACCACCACAAUAUGAACGCAACAUUAAUAUACUUGCAAUUGUGGAGUGGAGAAGUAUACAAAAAGAUGAGGAGUAAUAGUUGCCGAGUUGACAAGCCAUUUAGUUAUGCACGAAUGUCUACCACACAACCCGCCUGAAAUAUAUUUAUGGACGUUUAGUUUUAUAUUUGUUUUCAUACGUUAUUCUUAGAUUUACUUCUCUAUUUUCAAUGCAGAAAUUUAAAUGGACAAUUUUUAAGUACCAACGGAUAAGAGUUAAUUAAUAUGUUGCGCUACAUAUACAUUUUUUUAAUUGGACUACAGAAACACAAUGUAUAAUAAUAUAUUAUAUA